ACUUCGGUACGCGUAUCUCAAACUUUUCAAUGUUUUAGGUGAAGCAGCCAUUCGUAAGAGGGCCACAAGUAUCUUUCGUUCCUCUACCAAAAGCAAACGAUGUUGUUCCCGCGGGUGCACCAGCUGUAGUAUCAGGAUGGGGCAGACUCCGAGAAAAUGGGCCAACUACGACUAAAAUGCAAAAGGCGAAACUUUAUAUCACCGACCAAGCUGUCUGCAAAAAAGCUUACCAAACCAACAUUUUUGAUUCGCAAAUCUGUGCUAAUGACCCUAAGACUGUCACAGGAGCAUGCAACGGUGAUUCUGGCGGCCCUCUUACUGUUAACGGGAAAAUUGUUGGAAUUGUAUCAUGGUCAAGAGGAUGCGCUCUCACUAGUUAUCCCACUGUCUACACUCGCGUCAGCUCUUACUUGAAUUGGAUUCAACAACACGCUGCAUAA